CCGCAUGCCGAUGAGGAAAAACUGGUUUGACCGUGGGUGCGCUUACUACCAAUAUCCGUAUACUCUGGUGCAUCAAGCAAUUAUUCAAAUACCUUCAACUAUAAAUACCUUAGCACGGUGGGAUUCGUGCUGCUGCCAAUUCCUUUUGGCUCUGACUUUGGGUCUGCCCGCUCGCUCUUUCUUUCCCUAUCUUUCUACAUCGUCUGUGUUUCCGGAACGAUUUACACGCUAUUGUCGACCGAUUUGACGGGCUUAUUUCGUCUCGAUCAGGUGCCAAGCUUACGAUCGGCCAUAUUCGUCAUUAGUAUCUGGUGAGUAUCUGUCAAACCAACUGGAUUCUGGGUAAGGUUUCGUUCAAGGACUUUCCAUUUCAACUGGCACAAGAACUUGUAAUACAAAAUUUUCCCGCAAAAAAUAGGAUAUCCAUAGACUCUUGUUUGAAAUACUGUAAUGUGUGACCAAGAUAGAUUUAAUAAAUAAGUACUCG